AUGUACUUUUUCAUCAGUUUCCUGUCUGUUUUGGAUAUCUGUUACACUUCCACUGUGGUACCCCAGACUCUUGUCAAUCUAAUGAAUACUCGACAUUCUAUCUCCUUUCCACGGUGCAUAGCUCAAAUGUUCUGCAUUGUCGCCUUUGGAGCUGCUCAGAUAAUCCUGAUCACCGUAAUGGCUUAUGAUCGCUAUGUUGCCAUAAAUAACCCUCUCCGUUACAAAGCUGUGAUGAGUUGGGCGAUCUGUAAGAUGUUCCUUGCUAUUACAUUAAUAGUUAGUUGCGCCAUGGCCCUUUUAAUGGUAUUGUCUGUAUUUACGCUCCCGUUUUGUGAUGAAUUAGAAAUCGAUCACUUCUUCUGCGAGGUUGGACAGGUGUUACGUUUGACUUGUCCUAGUACACAGGUCCAUGAGCUGGUAGAGAUUGUAAUCUUUGCCAUUGUGCUUGGAUUCUUCAGCACCAACUUUCUACUCGUCAUUACGUCCUAUGUAUACAUAAUCUCUGCUAUACUGAAAAUAAGCACAAGUGUGGGUCGUCACAAAGCCUUCUCCACUUGCUCAUCCCAUAUCAACGUUGUAACAAUUGAAUAUGCCUGUCUAGGAUUUCUUUAUUUGCGCCCUAAGACAGCCUACUCAAUAGAUAAAGACAGAGUUUUUGUAGUGAUUUUUACAUUUGGAACACCUAUAUUAAAUCCUCUCAUCUACAGUGUGCGGAAUGCGGCGGUAAAGACCGGAUUUAAGAAACUAAUUGAAAGUAAGAUAAAUUAUCACAUGACUAGUUAA